AUGGCGCAUGCUGGUAUUCCGUUGAGUACUUCUUCGAAUAGUGGGGGAGCAGGAGCGGCAGGGGGAGGGGGGAAUGGGUGGUAUUUGGCUGGACAGAGUCAGAGCUCGGAAAACAGAGCCUCAGAAUAUUCACUCCCCACACCCAACGACCAUCAUCAACAAUACACCCCUUUCGUGCUUUCUUCAUCUCAAGAUAUGCAUCACCACCUUCCGCCUUUACACCACGCCCACCACCAUGCGCAUUCGCAUUCGCAUUCGUUGCCGAAGGGGCUAGACACGCAAGCUGUCAAUUUGAUGUCGCUCCCUUCUUACGAUCCUCUGACCCCUCAACAAGGUCAAGCUCAAAAUCAAGUACAGCUCCCCCCUCCUUCCCAUCCUCCUCCUUCCUCAGGUGCACCACAACAAGCACAACAGGGGGGACAACAGGGCCAACAACAGGGAGGGCAGCAGCAGCAAGUAGGCGACAAACAAGCCCUCCUAGCCCACGAGAAAAGAAGGAGGAGGAGGGAAAGCCAUAAUGCUGGAGCGGCGCCGGAGGGAUAA